GAACUUGAAGUUACGGUGCACGCACCCUCACCUCGGGUGUUCUGCAUUCUAACCACAAUCACAGCGACAGAACUACACAUCGAACCAGGUUACGAUCAGUUCCAUUAUGAUGAAAAAAAAAGUUGUAUAAAACCAGCAAACGCGUAUCAGUUCGGCGUCCGUGGCCUGCACACACUGAGAGGGAUUCCAUACUUUUCGUCAACUUUUCGAGUCUCAAGUGGAGAACAAGGAGAUACCGACGGUAUAAAGCUAUGGGAUGGCAGCUCUAUUCUUCAAUUUUGUAGUUCAUAUGUCUUCUUUCUCGCAGAAUCUGUCCAUCAACGUCGAUGAAGUUUUCAACUUCGACGCCGCUACUUUGGAGGAUACCCCAUAUUUAGCGGAUGAAGCGUAUCUGAGCAGUGACAUGUCCGAAGCAACUAUAGACGAGAUUUUUCGCUCUUCGUAUGGUUGGUGGCCGCAGGAGACGAGUUCUCUCAUGCUCUCGCCAUGUUUGCGAGGUUCGCCAGAGCUUACAGAAAUGGGAUGUAAACCUUUGACGUUUUCUAAACCAAUAUCUCCAACGUCAUCGCAAUCGAUAGAUCCUUGUCAUCUCUUGCUUGCAGAACACGAACGACCGCCGAUUCAACCAUCAGCAAUUUCUUCAGGUGCACUGAUGUCAGAGUGCACGAAAUUCAACGCGGUUGAUCCAGACAAAGCAAAAGCUGCGGAAACGUUGGAACAUCCUUGUGCCAGGAUACCCACACCCACUGCGGAAGUGAAACUUGAAGAAGAUAUACGAUUAGCCCCUUCGUCACAUAAUACUGAGGUUACGACUUCGGUGAAGCCAUCCGCUUCUAGAAACCACACCCUCCAAAGAACACAACGGCCACCGCACCACAUUCCCAUCCGCCAUUCCACGAGACUUGCAUCGAAGUCUGGUUUACUUAUCAGCUCUAUCGGUCCAGACCAUGGGUUGGACGAGGAGAACAGCUGCGAUGAUUCGUUUUCGCCUGUUAGAUAUUUGAAAUCCGGACGCAGACAGACCAAGAAGGUUCCUCAGCGUGUAUGGUGCAGCUCUUGCGGGUUAAAUUUUACGCGGGAAGCCGACCUCCGACGUCAUGAAGAGACCAUCCAUAGCAGUGUGUCUCUAGACGAGAUUUACAGCGAAACUCGGGAGCGAUAUCGCAUUUAUUGCAAUCGAUGCCGCGCGAUUCUAGGCCGUGUAGAUGCGCGUCAAAGACACGAGAAGAACAAAUCCUGUGGUCGCAGUCGCAUGAUUAGAGAAGCGAGGGAAAAGAACGGCACCAUUUCCGGCCACCUGCAGCUCAAACUUAAAGCCCAUCAGUCCUCUCGACCCCAUGCUGCCAGUAGCAGAUGAAAUUGAUGAAAGGCCUGUGGGUCCAGUGUCCAUCAUAAUUUAAGUCCUCUUAUCGAUUAUGAGGCGCCCAUAUCAUUAUCUCCUUGUAAACGACGCUAUACUACUAACCUAUUUACGCCCUCACCGGACCGCCUCCUAAGUCCGUUGUAUCUCUGCUUAAUCCUGUACCCUAAAUUCUUGCGGCUCGAAGAAUUCGCAACUUUCGAAUAGCACGG